AACCUCAGAAUGGCUGAAGCAUGUCUGAAGUCUCUGAAAUAUAUGAUGUUCGCGUUCAACUUAUUAUUUUGGAUCGGUGGAUGUGGUAUCAUGGGGUUUGGCAUCUACCUGCUGACCCUGAAUAACUUUGGAGCUUUGCUGUCAAACCUCCCGUCCCUCUCCAUCGCCAACUCCCUGAUCGUCGUGGGAACCAUCACCAUGGUGGUGGCUUUUCUGGGCUGCAUGGGAGCUAUCAAAGAAAACAAAUGCCUGCUACUGUCAUUCUUCAUAUUGCUCCUCCUGAUUCUUCUGAUUGAAGUCGUAGUUGCCAUCAUUGUCUUUUUCUACGAACAGCAGGUAGGUCGGACAACUAAAAACCAAAAGAAAGACAGAUGCUCGAAAUCAGAAACACUAAAAAGAGGCUGGAAAAGCUCAGUAGGUCUGGCAGCACCUGUGGAGAGAAAUUGGAGUGAACAUUUCGGGUCCAGUGACUGCUUGGGUUAGAUUGGGAUCCAACAG